AAUACAUACAGGAUGAACUUGGAGGGAAGCUAGCUACUCAUAAAACAAGUCCUCAGCACAGAGCUAGAAGAAGAAAGCCCACCACAGUUCAGAGUUCAGCAACAAGUAACAGUUCGGAGGAAGCAGAGAGUGAAGGAGGGGCAUAUUACGGCUCAAUGAUGAUGGCCUAGAAGGGAAGACUUAAUUUGGAUUAAAUUCAAUAUGGGAGAAUGCCUAAGUUGCUGCUGUGAGGACCGAGUUACCACAGAACCGCAGCUCCCUGGAGCCUCCUCUCGUUUACAAGCCUGUGGAUCUUCUGGUUUUAAAGUACCUCAUCCAUCUGCAACGUAUAAAGUCCAUUCCCCCAGAGGAAGUGCACAGUUAUCUUUAUCAAAUACAUCUACCUCCUCAUUUAUCUCUGCAAAACGAUAUUUAUCCGGCAGAUUGCAGAAAAGCUAUACUUUCCCUUCUGAGCAGCAAAGUAGAGCUAACUUUGAGUCCCAGGAAGAAGCAAGUUCCCCCGAUUUAAAUGCUUUUUCAGAGUCACUUGCUGCCUUUCCAUCUCGAAGACGUUUCUCGUCCCGCAAACUCAGCGUUGUUUCGUAUUAUAAGAGUGCCAUUUUUUGGACUCCCCAAUUAAGUAAUCAGGACAUGUUUAAUCUCAGUGAAAUAGAACUCUUUUCUGAAAGCCCAAAUAAUACUGAUGCUAAAAAGCAUAUGACUUUUUCAACUUCUGAAUUUGGCAAUGAACAUUUUUGGGACUUUGAAACAAAAACUACUUCAGACCAUCAGAGCACUAUUGAUAAAGUCGCACAUCAACGAAGCACAGCAUCCCUGGGUUAUCUCCCAACUGUCAUUUCCUCUCACGGUGAUAUUCAAGAAGAUAAUCAGUAUAUCACAGCUAACACUGACACAGAAGAACCAAGUUUUCCUGUCUCUAAGGCACUUAACACACAUGUAGAGGAAUUAAGUCUAGAUGUCCUUCUUCAAAAGGUAGAUAAUUUACGUUUGAAUGAGUCUGGAAAGCUGGAGAGUUUUGAACUACUUUGUGACCACAAAGAAAAGUUUAGAGAUGAAGUAGAAUUUAUGUGGCGGUUUGCUCGUGGUUAUGGAGAUAUGUAUGAGCUGUCUACACAUUCAAAAGAAAAGAAACAUUAUGCCAAUAUUGGAAGAACUGUGGGUGAAAGAGCUGUUUCCAGAGCUCCUAUGAAUGGAUAUUGUCAUUUGUGGUAUGCAGUUUUAUGUGGCUAUGUAUCUGAAUUUGAGGGCUUACAAAACAAAAUCAACUGUGGGCAUUACUUCAAGGAACAUCUGGAUAUAGCAAUACAACUUCUGCCUGAUGAACCCUUUUUAUAUUACCUCAAGGGAAGAUACUGUUAUACCGUCUCAAAACUCAGCUGGAUUGAGAAGAAAAUGGCCGCCACUCUGUUUGGGAAAAUCCCAUCUUCCACUGUGCCAGAGGCUUUGCAGAACUUCCUGAAGGCUGAAGAAUUACACCCUGGUUUCUCUCUGCCUAAUUACAUGUACUUGGCAAAGUGUUAUACUGAUCUUAACCAAAAUCAGAAUGCGUUGAAGUUCUGUGAUUUGGCGUUAUUGCUUCCUAGUGUUACGAAAGAGGAUCGGGCAGCACAGACAGAAGUGAAAAAUAUAAUGACUUCCUUGAAGAGAGAGCAGCUUACUGGGGAUGUGGAAGUAAUAGCCACCUAUCCCUCGUACCCUCCCACCUAGUCUGGAGGCUGGACAGGCUUUCAGAGCAGGAACCUCCUCCGGAUGCAGAGAGCUGGCGAGGGGUGCAAUGAUCUAUCUGAGGCCACAGCUAACCAGACCCGCCUGAAGUUGUUCAAGGGAAGAGCCAGGGAACGGAGUGAGGGCCCGAAGGAAAUCAUUCUGCACAGGAGCUGGUACUUCACAAGGGCUCAGCU